CAAAUUGUCUGCAAGCACUCGCCUUUUAAUUCACAUUCAUUCAGUUUCAGACGCUCACAAGUAGCGAUAGACACCACCAGUCGAAGGUCUGUAAUAACGACUAUUGUUGGAAUACUUGAAAACUGGAACUUGGGAGGACUGGACAUUAUAUCGAAGGGAAAUUGUAUAGGGUACAAAUAUGCUAUAGGACUACAUUUUUCUUAAUCAGUUAUUCCUCUUAUUUUUUCACAUUUGUUUUUUAUUUACAUCAUUGUUUUUUUUUCUAUCUAGCGCUGAUUUCCAAUUAAGACUGGGCAAAGUGAUGCAUUUGUGUUGUGUAUUGUAGGCUAUAGCGACGCAUCAAAAGCGCACCUGCGCCUCGAUCAUGACCAAACAAUUUAUUUUAGCUGACUAACAAAAAGUACCACACAAGUAGGCUACCAUAUGUCUCCGUACAAUGUCAAUUGUCAACAAUAUUGGAUAGACUGAGUGGCUGCAGCUAUAGUGUGUUUUAUUGUUUUGAAACCAUCCUUUCUCAAAUUCAGGGUCGUUUAUCCAGAAACUGCACAAUCACAGUUAUUAAAGGAAGUACUAGCCUAGGUCUAAAUGCAAUAGUGCGAACAGACUGCAUAUUUUUUUUUGUCCAUUCGGAUGGUGUACCGUCUUCCACGGAAGUCAAUUACAAAUUGUUACAUUGGCAGCAGCUGUCAAACCCUUGGGAUCCUGCCCCUUGAGCAACAAGAGGCUAGGUUGAGGUAGGUAGGCCUAUUGCGCAUGACAGUCUGCUGGACAGCUCCAGAGAGGGAAAUUUAAAAACGGUUUUUGGGAAACAAGUGCAGCACAGUGAAAACACAGUAGGCUACACGGGCUCGUCAACAACUACAUUUUUCUGCAGAUUAUCCUAAACAGCAUUAUCAAAUAUCCCAGGAAAUGAUAGAAAGUGGAAUUACGUCCAGGAUGUCAGGAAUUCUAGAACAUUUAGGUCAUCAUCCCUCUCCACAAGACUACAGACUUCUGACCACAGACCCCUCCCAGCUUCGAGAGGAUCUCCCUGGGGAACUUCAGUCUCUGUCUUGGCUCACAUCUGUAGACGUUCCCCGGCUGCAGCAGAUGGCCGAUGGUCAUGGUGGUGGCGGAGGAGACUUCAACGGGCCUUCCCAGGGGCAGGGGGGCAACCUGCUGGAACAGCAGACAGCUCAGCUGAACAACAUGACCAUGACAGGGGGACAGGGAGCCAUGAUCCACCUACAGAGCAACAUGCAGCACAGCCCCCUGGGAAUUAACGUCAUCACCGCCCACAGCGGAAAUAUGUCUCCAUUCUCCAUGAAUGGGCAGCCCUCCCCGGGGUACCAAUGCCCUGCCUCUGUCUACCAACCUACAGCCCAACAAGUGUUCACUCUGACCCAGGCUAGCCAGCAGUGUUCUCCUGCUGGGCUCUAUAGCAAUGUCUCCUUCAACAACCAGAGCCUGUUCACACAGCCGCGCUUGGCUCCACAAAACCAGGACCUACAGCCCAAGUCUUUCCCCAAGCCCAUCUACUCCUACAGCUGUUUGAUUGCUAUGGCUCUGAAGAACAGCAAGACGGGCAGUCUCCCCGUCAGCGAGAUCUACAGCUUUAUGAAGGAGCAUUUCCCCUACUUUAAGACAGCACCAGACGGAUGGAAGAACUCAGUUCGGCACAACCUGUCUCUAAACAAGUGCUUUGAGAAGGUGGAGAACAAGAUGAGCGGCUCCUCGCGUAAGGGCUGCCUCUGGGCCCUGAACCCGGCCAAGAUCGACAAGAUGGAGGAGGAGAUGCAGAAGUGGAAGCGCAAGGACCUGCCAGCCAUCCGUCGCAGCAUGGCCAACCCAGAUGAGUUGGACAAGCUGAUAACGGACCGGCCAGAGAGCUGCAGACGAAAGCCCAUGGACCCCGGGAUGACCCGUCUCCCCAGCUGUCUGUCCGGCCUAUCACUGCCUGUCCCGGGCCAGAUGCAGCCCCAGCCCGUGGUCACCCUGUCCCUGCAGUGCCUGCCCAUGCACCAGCACCACCAGCUUCAUGCCCAGCUCCAGGCCCAUGCCCAGGCCAGGCUGGCCCCGGUGUCCCCCGCCCAGACACCCCCACUCCACACCGUUCCUGACCUCUCACACAGCCCCCUCGCCACCGAGCAUCCCGGCAAGCAGCCUCAUGACUUCUACAGUCUCCAUGGUGACGUCAACGCAGAGGUGGACGCAUUGGACCCCAGCAUCAUGGACUUUGCUCUACAAGGUAACCUGUGGGAGGAGAUGAAAGACGACAGCUUUAAUCUGGAGGCAUUGGGCACCUUCAGUAACUCUCCCCUGCGUUUGUCUGACUGUGACCUGGGCACUAUGACUGGCAGCCUCCCUCCUGUCUCCAGCGGAGGCAGCAUGCCCUUCUCAGACCUGCAGGCGACGGGCCUGUUCACCUCAUACGCCGCCCUGGAUGCCCUCUCCUCCCAGUACAUGGGCACACCAGGCAACAGCAAGCCCAUCACUGCCCUGCUUUAAUGAAAUGAAAACAUCCCAACCACAGAGUGGAAGUUAAAAGAUAGAGCUGUGCUGAUGCAUCACCAACAGAAUCAAAAUAGCUUUUUUUUUGGCACAGUGGCUCUACUUGUCAAUCCCACUCCUGGCACCAACCCCCCCCAUUGGUAUUCUCUGUCCACAAUGACAGUGCAACUUGUGUUGCCGUCUCCAAGCCACUACCUCAGAUGGGAGAAAGAGGUUCGUUUGGAGACUGAUUUGAUUUGAUCAAAAUCAUUUUAAAACCACACACAUAUACUGUAAGCAAGAGGAGUAACCAAUGGUGGCUAAGAGGAAAACUGAAAUUGGGAGCAAAUUGACUAAAAUAUACGGACAUCUCUGGUGGAACUUUGCCAAGCAAAGACUCAAGAACUGUCCUGCCCUGUAGUACACCAACUACUAACUUACCAUCUGCUAGUUAUUGUACCAUUGGCAUUCCUGUGUUUGUAAGCCUUACCAUGGUACUGUUAGUUCCCUGUUCUUUAUCUGUUGUCUGUAUCAUGCUAGGAAGUAUUACUGUAAUGUUUUAUUUAUAUUGGAGAAAGGGAGGAAUUUAUCAAACACUGUUUACUGUAUAUAUUUGUAUGUUUCAAAUCCCUUCUAUCUCCACGGAAAAGCUUUUGUUUCUUAAACAGUGUUUCCCCAUACAUUCCAAAACACCAAUAUCAAAAUCUGUCAUAACAGCAUUUGUAGACCAUUUUACAAAGUUCAGCAUUGGAAAAUAUGCUAAAAUUAGUCAAAUUCUGAAUUCAUAAUAUUAAUUGAAUUAUUCACAUGAUUCUUUAUGACUAAAGGAUGUCAGGCUACAUGUACUGUAAAAUUACGCAAAAAUAAUAAAAUCACACUGGGUAAAUCAGUUUCAGUUUCUUGCUGAAAAUAUAUUCAUUACAUUUAUUUACUUUCCCUCUUAUUAGGGUAAUGUACAGUAAAUAGCAGAUAUUUUACAUAUAUUAUUGACACAAUUUGAAAUGGAUAUCUGGUAUUUUGUUGAAGGCAACAGCAGGAGAACAGGUUGGGGUCUCUUGGUUACAAUUUUGUCAUUUAUCCAUUGUACCAUUGUCUGCCCCUGUUCACCUGAGUUUAAGCAACAAAUAGCAUUAUAUAAAACACAAUGAAAACAUGUACAUGUAUUCAUAUCACAUACAACAAGUUAUCAUAAAUCAUGGUCUUCUUUAGUGUCCAUUUCUUCCAAAUGAGCACCGUACAAAUACUAUAGGUGGGAAUUUAUCUACUGGCAUUUAGAUUGUUCAGCCAGACUCUGGUAUACACCAUCAGUAACCAGGUCUCCAUCCACCCUUUUUAUGCCAGUAAAGUACAUGUUGGAUAAAACAGGUGAUGACAGGCCUGAUGGAAACCACACAUUUGUAAGUAAACUUUACAAAUGUCGACAAAACAAAAUACGCUAGACAAGGUGGGUUCUUUUUGUGUCUGUAAAAUGUAUUAUGCGAGAA